AUGAAUUGGGACAAAGAAACCGUUGUAAGGUUUUUAGAACUUUACCAAAUGAACCCAUGCAUUUGGGACCCUGGAAACGAGGGGCAUAAAAACCGGCAAAGAGUAAACGACGCGUGGAAUACAAUUAAAGACAAUUUGGGUGUACCAUGUACCCUGCAAGAUUUAAAAAAAAGAAGGAGUCGCUUAUGUCUGCGUACCGAGGAUGAAGAACUUACGAUUAAUGAAGAUCAAAACACAGAACAGGGCCCUAUAGAUCAAAAUAUUAGAAGCCAAGAACAACAGGAAUUAAAUUCAAAUGAACAACAGGGUUCAACAGCAAGACCAAUAUUGCAUAGAAGAAGACAAAAUAAUCCACCUGAACUUAUAGAAGCGAAAAAACGAAUGGAUGAAGCAUAUAGUUUUAUGAAGCAACAUUCCCAGCUGCAGCUAAAGGAUGAAGAUGAUGAAUGCUCUACCUUUGGGGUACUUGUGGCUAGAAAGCUACGAAAACUUUCUGAACAACGCCGAGACAUCAUGAUGGCAAAAAUACAUGAGCUAUUUGUCGAUGAACACGUCUACAACUUCAAUUUGCCUAAUUAUUCUUCCAGUCGCCCAAAUUCUGCUGCAACAAUGCUAUCAUACACACCAUCACCACCCCAAAUCAAUAUCGCAUCUCCGUCAGCGGUUGCAAGUUCGCCAAAGGUUGCAUAUCCGACAGAUGUGGCAUCUCUGAAUUCUGCUACCAGUCAACCUAAUUCUGAUGCAACAAUGUUAUCGUAUACACCAUCACCACCGCAAAGCAAUAUCGCAUCUCCUCCACAGGUUGCAUUUCCGACAGAAGUGGAAUAUCUUAAUUGUGUUAACAGUUAUCCAAAUUCUACAAAGGUUUUGUAUACGUCAUCUUCACCGCAAAUGGAUGCUCCUUCUCCUGCAUAUCAUGUUGAAUACUCAGAAUACUCUAAUGAUACUCCUUUGAAUCUACCGAAUCCUACUUCUAGAAUGGUGUCGUAUACACCAUCACCAUCGCAAAUACCUCGAGGGAAAAAUAAUUAA